AUGACUUUACUAGAACUUCCCGCCGACACUAAGCAAGCUCAGACACACGUCGUCAAUCUCCCUGUCUCGGGUCUCAAAGGGCUUAGCGGCUGGGCAUACCUCGCCCUUGGCUUCGUGAUCAUCUCUAUCAUCGCACUUCUCUACUACUUCGCCCACCAUGUGUACCGCGCUCUGACACUCGGGCAAGACGGGCUUCCUCAAUAUGUAAAACCACUCAAGAAGAAGACGUGGUUCUCUGGCAAACAACAGUCCGGGCAACGCGAGCUGCUUCUUCAAGCUUCAGUGGACACCGAUUCCACCCAGCGGCUUACUAUGAACAACCCCUUUGACAUCGAGAAGCAACCCCUCGCGCUCCCACCCGUCGUCGCUCAUGCUGUUCCGACCGAGUUCACUCGUCCAGCCCGCUCUUCUCGACCACUGCAACAGACGGAUGCCAAUCUCGCUGCAGCCCCGCCACCCGCUAUCAUGUCGAUCUACGCUGAUGUCAAUACCAAACUCUCGCCCGUCUCGGCAGCUCCUGUGGCUCUGUCUCGUGCUGAGACGAAGGACUCCGGGGCAUAUCUUGUUUCUGAUCCACCGCCUUCGAAGAAGAACCUCAAGAAGUGCAAAUCCGAAUCGUCGUUGAUGACCAAGCUGUUCCGUGUCAAGCGUAAGAACAAAAUGAGUGGGUCGACGAAGGAGAAUUUCCAGUUACUCGACGGGUCUAACGUUUAG